AUGCUGGACAAGGCGAUUUUGACGACUCUCACCUCGACACCGUCCCGCCGUCUCGCCUCGCCAUUUUGUCACACGGCCAUUUGUUUUUUUUUCUGGCUGCAGCGCCCAUCAUUUCACUCGCUCAACGCUCAACGCUCGCCGUUCGACUCCGACACUCUGGCGCCGUCUUGUCUUGGACCCUCCGGCCUGCCCAUUACCAGCCGCUGGUUCCGGCGCGUCCCCGAAUUCGAUGACCCUGGCCGCUGUGUAGCCCUCGCCUUGUUCGCUAUAGCCUACAGUUAUCCCUUUCGUGGCCGAGUUUGGAGGCGGGACCUCUCGAUCACCCUUUGGUCAUCCUGCCCUCUGCUCUGCAAUUGCCACCUCGACGCUAUCCUCCCCGACGGCCUUCUCCUCGUAGCUGCUUACCACCCGCCGCUGCUACCUGCGAACGAUCCGACCUGGGCCUGCAUUCUUCAUGGACACCAGGACAUCGACGUUUGGAAUACCCCGGCCACGACACCAUCAACCUCUGGCACCACAGAUCGGCCUCAGGAAGCGUCGGCUGCGCAAACGGCCCCCUUUCAGACGCGCCUAGAGUACCUUCCGCUCUGGAUCCCUCAGCAGUCAAACAUCUACCACGCACAGCUUCUCCACUACAACAAGCUCAUCUCCCCAGCGAGGGGUGGUGGCCUGCAGACGCCGCCACUCCCUCCCGUCGUCACCUCGCCUUCCGUGCAGGCCGCGCCGAGAUCGCGUACUUCUAGUAGAGCAUCGCUCAAAGAUCCUACGCCUGCCAAGUCGACUGCGUCAUCGGGAAAUGGGAACCGACCAAGUCAGAAUUCCGAAAAUAACCGCUUGGUUAUAACCUCUCAAGACGCGCCAGCCAAGAUGCCUGCCAAGACACCCGCGGAGUCGUCCAAGAAUUGGGCGCAGAGAGCUGCCACUCUCUCCACAUCGCCUCAUGGCCAGGCACAUUCGAGCUCCGUCCCUUCCACGCCGCACCAGCAUGCGAGACUAUUUUCGUUCGAAUCUCGCGAUCCCUCCCCGAAUGCCGGCACAAACCACUCACCCCGUUCCGCAUAUUCGGAAACGAAUAGCACGCUGCCCUCUUUACGUCCGUUGCCCCCACGGCACGGCGGGUGCAAGUAUGAGACUGCCCAGAUCAAUUCUAGACGGAGAAUACCAUACUCUGUCGGCAGCGAUCGUCUCGAGAAGCUCGACUUGCGCACUGUCGCCCCCAAGCUGGGCGAAGAUGAGGAACAAAAACUCACCAAGGACAUGAAUGAGAUGUACGAUAAGUUGCUUCCAACAGACAAGGUCGAAGGGAAUCGAAAACGAUUGGUGCAGCGGCUUGAGAAGAUCUUCAAUGAUGAAUGGCCAGGCCAUGACAUCAAAGUGCAUCUGUUUGGCUCUUCUGGCAAUCUCCUUUGUUCUGAUUCCUCUGACGUGGACAUUUGCAUCACUACACCCUGGCACGAGAUGGAAGGCGUCUGCAUGAUUGCCGAUCUGCUUGCUCGACGAGGGAUGGAAAAGGUCGUUUGCAUCUCGGCUGCCAAAGUCCCAAUUGUCAAAAUCUGGGACCCUAAACUCGGCCUUGCGUGCGACAUGAACGUCAACAACACAGUCGCACUCGAAAACACCCGAAUGGUCCGUACAUAUGUUGAGGCAGACCCUCGCGUACGAAAGCUAGCCAUGAUCAUCAAGUACUGGACGAGAAGACGAAUAGUCAACGAUGCGGCUUUCGGCGGUACUCUGAGUUCAUAUACAGUGCAGAAACCUGACGGCUCCGUUGGCGACUUUGCCGAUAACAUGAAAAAGAUCAAGGGGUACGGCAACAAGAAUAAAUCCUCCGAAGCCGAACUACUUUUCCAGUUUUUUCGAUUUUAUGCACACGAAUUUGAUUACGAUAAGCACGUCCUUUCUGUGAGACUGGGUCGAAUCUUGACGAAAUCGGACAAGAAAUGGAAUUACUCAAUGAACAACCAACUCUGUGUAGAGGAGCCAUUCAACACGUUGAGAAAUUUGGGCAAUACAGUAGACGAAUAUUCUUUCCGUGGUCUCCAUCUUGAGCUACGACGGGCCUUCGACCUUAUUUCCCAGGGAAAGCUACCGGAGGCUUGCGAGCAGUUUGUCUUUCCCAAGGAGGAAGAGCGUGUCUGGUCUCGACCUGCGGCUCAGCCUCGCCCUGUACUGGUUCGAAGUUCGUCACAAUCGCAUUCCGGCCGAGGUGGACGUGGCAACAAUAGGGGAAAUCGCCACAACAACAACUUUCGCGGUGGCGGAUCUAACAGACGCGCCUCAUCUAGCGUACCGGCGCCGUACGACGGAACCAUGUUCAUUGCACCUGUCAACAUGGCGCAGGACUUGUCAUGGUAUCAAAACCCCCAGUUUCCGUUCCAAUAUGCCCAGCAAGACUUAGUCACACAGAUGGCAUACCAACAGCAGUUUCUCUACGCCAACUCGUCCGCUUUCUUGCAGCAUCAGAACAUAGCGCAACAGCAACAGAGAAUGUCUGGUAACGCAAGCGCCGGCCAGCCAGCGUCAGACCGCUCGAGAACGAAUUCCUUCGACACAGCACCUACAUCAGCCCCAAUUUAUGCUAUGUACAAUAUGGGGCUAGGCCAUGCAUUCUACCAGCCGGUUGCCCAAGGUUAUGGCACUUACCCUUCCUCCCCGGUGACGACGAGUCAUUCUACGCAUGACUUUCGGCGCUCUCUGCAUAGAUCAGCGACUGCGGAGGCUGGCACGAUUCCGAGCUUUAUUUCCGACGACACAGACUUUGACGAAACUCCCAAAGCUACGGCAGAGUCCCCAACAUCCGACGAUGCGCAAUCCGGUGGCUUCUUCAUGGCUAGAAGCCUUAGCCCGACUAAGCAGCGUGCAAACCAGCAGACAGUCGCAUCAGGUAUUGCCUUUGGCGACCUGGCGUCCGCGAGCACUGGUCAGCGCCGACUUUCUACCGAGCAACUGCCCCAGACUCUUCUGGACAGAAGGAUGAGAAGGGUUUCACGUUCGCCUUCGCCUCUCGGCCAUGUACGGGCGCAUUCUGUUGGUACGUCGUCUGCGCCACUUCCUUCGGCGCCCUUCUCUGGAAACCGGGAUAAAGACAACUCGCGGCCACUUGUCGUGAACGGGUCGAGUGGCAAGGCAGCAAAUUAUCAUGCUGCCCCCUUUAUUCCGAACCCAGACUUUACACCUCCUACUGGGCUAGGGCUUGAAAAUGCGUUGCAGAUCCAACCGCCUGCUAUCAAUAUGCCGAUAGCGCCUCACCCCGCGAGCGUAGGACUGAUGGGCACCGUACAUAUGCAGCCGUUCCAGGACUAUUCGCCGAUUGUGGCCAAUGGCUCGGGUAAGUCGUCAAAGCUACCUCCAGCGGAUGACACCUCCUUCAGAGAGAGAAUCGCGUCGAUGCAUCCGUACUACCCCGGAUUUGCUGGUCCGCCGCAGGACGGUAAUCUGCAUGCCUUGGGAGCGAAUGCGAAUGUGACAGCCGGGUCCAAGGGAUCGGGGUCCGGGCGACAGAGAGUGGCAUCGAGAACCACUUCAAGCGGGCUUAUCGCGCCCCUGGAUCUGGCUACUGGAGAUAAUCGCCUGAACAAGGCUUCCAUGAUAGACAUGGCACAUUUGUCCCCGGUGUACGAAACUCGGACGCCGUCUCCAACAAUGCACAGAAAAAAUGACAGCGGCUCCACGAACGAGAUACCAUUGCGACCAAAAUAUGGGGGCGGGGUCGAGGCCAAGAAGUCUCCAGUAUCGGAAAAACACCCUCCAGGCCAGGAUAACCAGAAAGGGAAGAAUCAGAAAGCGAAUUUGCCCGCUCAGAGGUCCAACCCGCCGAGGGAAAAUGGACAUGUCCGAGCUGCAAAGAGCGAAAGCGACGGCGGCUGGCAAAAGGCCGGGCGGCGCAAAAAGGCGCCAAGUGGUCUGAACGUGUCAGGCCAUAGUGAGCAACCGCCGAAGCACGAAUCGGAACGCAAAGGUGGGUGA